AUGCCUGAGGCUGUAUCUCUCAGUGUUAUGCCGGCAGCUGCGCCGGUCCUCGAGCCGGUGGCACAUGGCUCUGUCUCUAAGUCUCUUGGCCCAGCUUCCGCCGCCCUAGGGAACCCGAUCCCAGACAUUAUCGACAUUCGGCAGACCCUCGUUGAGACGAACCUCAAGGAUGAGAUCUUUUCUCUGUUCGACCCAGCUUCUGGCCCUCGGAAACUUCCAACCCUACUCCUCUACAACGAGAAGGGCUUGCAGCUUUUCGAGGAGAUCACCUACCUCGAAGAGUAUUACUUGACAAACUAUGAAAUUGAUGUGCUCAAGCAAUCUGCGCGAGAUAUAGCCAACAAAAUCCCUGCGGGAUCCAUGGUAAUCGAGCUGGGCAGCGGAAACUUGCGCAAAGUCUGCUUACUUUUGCAAGCCCUCGAAGACGCUGGGAAAGCCGUGGAAUACUAUGCGCUUGACCUCUCCAAGCAAGAGCUGGAAAGGACUCUCGCGCAAGUGCCUCAGUUCAAACAUAUCACUUGCCGAGGUCUUUUGGGGACUUACGACGAUGGGCGGGAGUGGCUUCAGCAGCCCGGCAUUGUCAGCCGCACCAAGUGCAUUCUUAGUCUCGGUUCCAGUAUAGCCAUGCUUAUAAUGACAGAGAGGGCCUUACUCACAGCUCUGCUUACCGUUAACCACAGAUUCAUCCUCAACGGCCUAUCACAGGCCAAUGCGGUCCUUGGAGAUCACAUCUUUGACGAGCAUGACUGGAAGGUGAUUGGUGAGUAUGUAUAUGACGAGCAAGGUGGAGGCCAUAGAGCCUUCUACUCGCCUCUCCAAGAUACCGUCGUCCUGGGAAAGGUCGUUCGCAGCCAUGAACGCAUUCAGGUCGAACAGAGUCUCAAAUAUUCAGCCGAGGAGCGCCAAAAGCUAUGGGCCCUAGCUAGACUUACCGAGAUCGGCUAUUGGGCUAAGGGGAAGGAGUAUGGACUCCAUUUGCUCCAAAAACAGCCUAGCAUGCCAUUCAGCUUGGUUCCACACGUCUAUGCCCAGUCUGUCCUACCCUCCCUUGAGGAUUGGGACUCACUCUGGGCAGCAUGGGACGACCUCACUCAGAAGAUGAUUCCGAACGAAGAACUCCUCGAGAAGCCGAUCAAGCUGAGGAAUGCCUGCAUCUUCUACUUGGGACAUAUCCCAACAUUCCUAGAUAUUCAGUUGACCAAGACUACCAAGGAUCCGGCUACCGAGCCGAAAUUCUUCUGGGGCAUCUUCGAGCGUGGAAUUGACCCCGAUGUGGACAAUCCUGAGCUAUGCCAUUCUCACUCUGAGAUACCUGACGAGUGGCCACCGCUUGAAGAGAUUAUGAAGUAUCAGGACAAUGUGCGGAUGAGGCUCAAGUCUCUCUACAGAAAUGGCCAUGCGGCGAUUCCAAGGCACGUCCAGAGAGCCAUAUGGGUUGGAUUCGAGCAUGAAGUAAUGCACUUUGAAACUCUCCUCUACAUGAUGCUUCAGAGUGAUAAGACUCGGCCUCCUUCCAAUGCCCCGGCGCCUGAUUUCGAGGAACUUUCUGAGAAGGCCCGUUUGGCUCGAGUUCCAAACGAAUGGCAUGACGUUCCUGAACAAAUGAUCGCAAUUGGAAUGGAUGACCCGGAGGAUGCAACCGAUUUGGACUGCCACUUCGGAUGGGACAACGAGAAGCCAGUAAGGAAGGCAAAAGUCCCUGCUUUCCAGGCAAAGGGUCGCCCGAUUACGAACGAAGAGUACGCGACGUAUCUCUACGAAAACAAGCUCGACAAAAUCCCAGCGUCCUGGGCGAAGAUUAGUGAACAGAAUGGCCACACUAACGGCGAUACCGGCGACAGACCUAAUGGUGUAAGCAACGGACUGUCCAACGGACAUUCGAACAGCGCGUCUUCCGACCUUAUCGGAAGCCUCGCUGUCAAGACGGUGUACGGCCGAAUCCCGCUCAAGUAUGCUCUGGAUUGGCCAGUCUUUGCGUCCUACGAUGAGCUCUCGGGAUGUGCCGCGUGGAUGGGCGGACGGAUCCCGACCUUUGAGGAAGCCCGGAGCAUCUACACUUACACUGAGCGCAUCGCGACGGAAAAGGCCGAGCGGACGCUAGGAAAGACAGUUCCGGCCGUGAACGGCCAUUUAAUCAACGAUGGCGUUGAAGAAACCCCACCGAACAAGUCUUCCACCGAUGUCGAUAGCAGCGCGGCCGAGGAGCUGUUCAUCGACCUCACAGGGGCCAAUGUUGGUCUGCACCAUUGGCACCCUGUCGCUGUCACCGACAAAGGUGACCACCUCGGCGGGCAGGCGGCGAUGGGUGGCGUAUGGGAAUGGACAAGUUCCCCUCUGAGGAAGUAUGAAGGAUUCGAGCCCAUCUCGCUGUACCCGGGAUAUACAGCCGAUUUCUUCGACGAGAAGCAUAACAUCGUCCUCGGAGGUUCCUGGGCCACUCAUCCUCGAAUCGCCGGCCGCAAGUCCUUCGUCAACUGGUACCAGCGAAAUUACCUCUACGCGUGGGCCGGCGCCCGUCUUGUCCGAGAUAUGCCUUAA